CUAUGCUGCGGAUGGCACGCGUCCGCGCUGCCUACCGCAUUGCCAAUCACUUCGCGACGUAAACGAUAACUGAAGUGAAUAAUGAACUUGUGACUUACGUUGUGAUAAACAUUUCAACUUUCAAAGACAAAUGUGUGAAGAAAAUGUUUCUGUUCCUGACUGUUUUCGUAGUGACACAAAUUAGUGUAUUUGCUUCGAGGAUUGAUAACAAUUGUAAAUAUGAAGAAAAAUCAACUGUGUGUGAUGUGCGAAUCCUCGAAACCAACGGCUCUAGUUUAGCAUCUGCUCAUUCUGAUAGCAAACAUCUGUCUGUAGAAUGCAACCAGUUACUUUUGUUUGAGAGUUAUCUUGAAGCGAACUACUUUCAAAGGUUUUCUGCGCUCGAGGAUCUUACAGUUCGAAACUGCAAAAUACUUCGGAUACCCGGGAAUGCUUUUGAAGGAUUACGCGAACUGAAAAAGUUGUCGAUUCGCACGAGAAACUACGACUGGAGUUCAAAUAAAAAUUUAGAUCUCUCAUUGGGCACUUUUAACGGGCUAAGAGAGUUACAGAAACUUGAUUUGGGUGAAAACAAUUUAAAAGCGAUACCAUCAGAUGUUUUCUGCCCAUUGAAUAAUUUACAAAUACUUAAUUUGACACUUAACAAAAUAAAGAAUAUCGACCGCCUAGGCUUUGGAAGAAAAUGUGGAUUGGAUAUUUUGAGCUUAGAUUUGAGCCAUAACGAGCUCAAAUCACUAAGUGAGGAAUCAGAAAUAACAUUACUUCGACGCCUGCAAGAGUUGAAGCUGCAACAUAACAAUAUCAGUGAUAUUUCAAGUGAAGUUUUUAAUGGACUUAUUUCGUUAAGAAUUUUAAAUAUUUCUUACAAUAACUUGCAAUUUAUUCCCGAAGGUACGUUUAGUAAUAAUAAGGAGUUGCGAGAAAUUUAUUUAGGUAAUAAUCAGUUGUAUGAACUAGCCAAAGGUGUAUUUCAUCGUUUAGAACAACUUCUUGUAUUAGAUUUAUCUAACAAUCAGCUCUCUAGCGCUCACAUUGACGGCGGUACUUUUAUUGGACUUAUUCGCUUAGUCAUUCUUAAUUUAUCAAACAAUGCUUUAACAAGAAUAGAUGGCAAGACGUUUAAAGAUUUAUUUUUCCUUCAAAUAUUGGAUUUGAGAAAUAAUUCGAUUGGUUACAUUGAGGAAAAUACAUUUCUUCCACUGUAUAAUUUACAUACAUUAAUUCUAGCAGAGAACCGUUUAAAUACGAUAGGUGAACUACUAUUCAACGGAUUAUUUGUAUUAAGUAAACUUAAUUUAAAUAACAAUCUCUUAGUUGAUAUUGAUCCAAAAGCUUUUAAAAAUUGUUCGGAUUUAAAAGAGUUAGACUUAAGCUCAAAUCAAAUAACGGAAGUUCCUAAAGCUAUUUGGGAGUUAUCCCUCUUAAAAACUUUAGAUCUCGGUGAAAAUUUAAUUACAGACAUAAAAAACGGGUCCUUUAAGAAUUUAGAUCAAUUGACUGGCUUGAGGUUAAUUGAUAAUCAAAUUGGAAAUUUAACGGUAGGAAUGUUUGCUGAUUUGCCUAGUUUACAAGUAUUAAAUUUGGCAAAAAAUAAAGUGCAGACUAUAGAAAGAGGCUGUUUCCUAAAAAACAAACAGUUAGAAGCAAUACGGUUAGAUAGAAAUUUUAUAAUAGAUAUCAAUGGGGUGUUCUCUCCAAUUCUUAGUUUGUUAUGGCUCAAUUUAUCAGAAAACCAUUUAGUCUGGUUUGACUACGCCUUUAUACCCAGUAAUUUAAAGUGGCUUGACGUACAUAGUAAUUACAUUGAGCACUUAGGCAACUAUUAUAAACUUCAAGAUGAGAUAAAGAUAAAAACAUUAGACGUAAGCCAUAAUCACAUCGUUGAAAUAUCCCCAUUAACCAUACCGAAUAGCGUUGAAGUCUUAUUUAUUAAUAAUAAUCGCAUAAAAAAUGUUCAAGUAAAUACGUUUAUAGAAAAACGUAACCUCACUCGAGUAGACUUAUAUCAAAAUGCAUUGACACAUUUAGACAUCAAUAGUAUCCGAUUAUUUCCAGUCGCUCUGAAUAAGUCAUUGCCAGAGUUUUACAUCGGAGGGAAUCCGAUCGACUGUGACUGUUCCAUGGAAUGGCUACCUGUCUUAAAUAAUAUGACGAGUACGCGACAGUAUCCAAGAAUAAUGGAUCUUGAAAAUGUAAUAUGCAAAAUGACUCAUACCAGAGCUGUUUCACAUAUAGCAUUAAGUAAUUUAAAAUCAACAGAUUUUUUAUGUACUUACGAAACGCAUUGUUUUACACUAUGUCAUUGUUGCGAUUAUGUUGCGUGCGAUUGUCAAAUGACAUGUCCAUUUAAUUGUUCUUGUUAUCAUGAUCCUACUUGGAACACUAAUGUUGUAGACUGCUCUGACCAACGAGCAACAGAAAUACCAGAGAAAAUACCCAUGGACGCUACCGAGGUAUAUAUAGAUGGCAAUAUUUUAAAGGAAUUGCAAAAUUAUGCGUUCAUCGGAAGGAAAAAUAUGAGAUCUCUUUAUGUAAAUUCAAGUGAAGUUGAAAGCAUACACAAUAGGACAUUUUCUGGUUUGUCAUCCCUUGUUAUUUUGCAUCUUGGAAACAAUAAAUUGAAACAUUUGUAUGGACACGAGUUUGAACAUUUGACGCAACUACAAGAGCUCUAUUUACAAAACAACUUCUUAAGCUAUAUUAAUAAUUUAACUUUCUCUUCGUUACAUCUAUUGAAAGUUUUGCGAAUAGAUGGCAAUAGACUCAUAGACUUUUCAGUAUGGAGUCUAAGUCUUAACCGAAAUUUGAAUAGCAUUGCCAUUAGUAAUAAUAUGUGGUCUUGUAAAUGUAGAUAUUUGCAAAAAUUUACAACAUUUGUCUCAGAUAAUGUUCUAAAGAUUAGUGACGUGACUGAGCUGGGUUGUUGGAAUCCAAAUAAUCCCCCACAAAAGAAAGAACUAAAUCUAAAUGGCACUAUAUGCAGUGAUUACUAUGCAGGCGAUACCGCUAUCGACAACAUGUUGUCGUCCAACUACAUUCCCAUGUUAGUUACAGCUUUUAGCGGAUUCUUAUUUAUAAUACUUGUCACCCUUGUUAUAUUCUUAUUUAGAGAUACAAUACGUAUAUGGCUCUAUUCAAGUUGUGGAGUAAGAUUGUUUCCAUUCAGUGGAGCGUACGACGACACUGAUAAAUUAUACGAUGCGUAUGUCUGCUACAGCCCGAAAGAUGAUGAUUUUGUUAUUCAAACGUUAGCGGCUGAAUUAGAGAACGGGAGUUCUUCAUACCAUUUAUGCUUACAUUAUAGAGAUAUUCCCCAACAUAGUACAACUUAUAUGCAAUGUACUUUACCUCUCCCCGAGGCAGCGGAAGCCUCUAAGCGUAUUAUUCUCGUACUAACUAGAAAUUUUAUUCAAACUGAAUGGUCUCGGUUCGAGUUUCGUCAAAGCUUACAUGAAAUACUAAAAGCGAGAAUAUACACGCUUAUUAUUAUAGAAGAAAGUGCAGUUUUAACUGACGCUGAACGCGAUCCGGACUUGAGACCAUAUUUAAAAACAAGUUCAAGAAUAAAAUGGGGUCAGAGUAAAUUUUGGCAAAAGUUAUAUUACGCAUUACCAGAGAGGAAACAAAAAUCGAAAUCUCCUAGCUUUAGGCAUAAUAUUAAUUCGUAUACAAUGCGGAAUGGUGUACAGAACGGUACAAUGAGAUCAUUUUCGUUUGAUAAAGUAAGAGGUCCUGCCGAUGGUGUGAGCGCUUCGCCGGAGUUCGUAGAAAAUAGGUCACAGCACGUACAAUCUCCGUAUGGUCCUGAUGGUAGACCACCAUCGGAUCAUAUAUACUCUUCGAUCGAUUCGGAUUAUUCUUCACUUGAAUUAGGUAAUAAUAAUCCCAAUCGUCGUAGAGAAUUUCGACAUUGGCCACCGCCUCCUCCACUAAUAGAUACUCAGCAUUCGGGCCAAGCUUAUCUCGUCUAGUCUCUUGCCUUUGUUUGUAAAAACAUUAUUUGGCUAAAGCUUAUGUAUAUUGUAUCAACGUGUUAACCAAAUAAGAUCUUAACUAUUUUUGUAAUUAGCUAUAAUCCAUUCUGUUCUGAUUAUUUCAUAUUAUGUAAAUACAUUCUAUAAGACUGCUGUAGAUUAUGUGAAUUUGUAAAUAAAGUGUAAAUAAAUAAAUGUCCAUAUUAAGUCACAAGUAUACCUAUUUAUAUACUUUAAUAAAGCCAUUGUGAUAAUUUUUCCAUAACA